ACCGAAUUCUCCUUCAGGAGACCGAGACACACAAUCCUCAUUACCAAACACUCCCUCUAUCUCCUUCGUUGUCUCUCUCUCCUUCUUCGUUUUUCUCUCAUUCUCUCACCUUCGUUCAGCUCCUCCAAUGGCUGCCACAGAGACCACCAAGCCCCAGAACGAAUUCAUCUUCAGGUCCAAACUUCCCGAUAUCUACAUCCCCAAACACCUUCCUCUUCAUUCCUAUUGCUUCGAGAAUCUCGCCGAAUUCGGGUCCCAUCCUUGCCUGAUCAAUGCCCCCACCGGCGACAUCUACACCUACUCCGACGUCGAGCUCACCGCCCGCCGAGUUGCCUCCGGAUUGAACAAAUUCGGCGUCGGUCAGGGCGAUGUCAUCAUGGUCCUCCUCUCCAAUUCCCCUGAAUUCGUCUUCUCCUUCCUCGGCGCCUCAUUCCGCGGCGCCAUGACGACCGCCGCGAAUCCCUUCUUCACGCCGGCGGAGAUUGCCAAACAAGCCAAAGCCUCCAAUGCCAAGAUCCUCAUCACUCAAUCAUCCUACUACGAGAAAGUGAAGGACCUGGACAUGAAGCUCAUCUUCGUCGAUUCUCCUCCCGACGGACACUCGCAUUUCUCAGAGCUAUCUCAGGCGGACGAGAACGAUGUUCCCGAGGUGGAAAUCAAACCAGACGACGUCGUCGCAUUGCCGUAUUCCUCUGGCACCACCGGGUUACCGAAGGGAGUGAUGCUCACGCAUAAGGGAUUGGUGACGAGUAUAGCCCAACAAGUGGACGGAGAGAAUCCGAACCUAUACUUCCACCAUGAAGAUGUGAUUCUGUGCGUGCUUCCCCUGUUUCACAUCUACUCGCUGAACUCUGUUUUGCUGUGUGGAUUGAGGGCGAAGGCGGCGAUCAUGUUGAUGCCCAAGUUUGAAAUCAAUGGGUUGUUGAGGUUGAUAGAGAAAUACAAGGUGUCCAUCGCUCCGGUGGUGCCGCCGAUCGUGCUGGCCAUCUCAAAGUCCCCGGAUAUCGAUAAUUACAACCUGUCAUCGAUCAGAGUAUUGAAGUCCGGUGGUGCUCCUCUCGGUAAAGAACUUGAAGACUCUCUGAGGUCCAAGUUCCCUAAGGCCAGACUCGGUCAGGGUUAUGGGAUGACGGAGGCAGGUCCAGUGUUGACGAUGAGCUUAGCAUUUGCGAAGGAAGCGAUGGAGGUGAAGGCAGGAGCGUGUGGGACGGUAGUGAGGAAUGCAGAGAUGAAGAUUGUAGAUCCUGAGACCUCUGAAUCUUUGCCACGUAACCACCCCGGCGAGAUCUGCAUCAGAGGCGAUCAAAUUAUGAAAGGGUAUCUGAAUGAUCCUGAGGCAACGAAGGGAACGAUAGACGCGGAGGGGUGGUUGCAUACGGGAGACAUAGGCUACAUCGAUGACGACGAUGAGCUGUUCAUCGUUGAUAGGCUGAAGGAGCUGAUCAAGUACAAGGGCUUUCAGGUGGCCCCCGCAGAACUGGAGGCCCUCCUUCUCUCUCAUCCUCACAUCUCCGACGCCGCCGUGGUCCCAAUGAAGGAUGAAGCAGCUGGAGAGGUGCCCGUUGCUUUUGUGGUCAGAUCUAACGGUCACACUCAAACCACUGAGAAUGACAUCAAGCAGUUCAUCUCAGAACAGGUGGUGUUUUACAAGAGACUAAGCAGAGUGUUCUUCAUAGAUGCGAUUCCAAAGUCACCAUCAGGCAAGAUCCUAAGAAAGGACCUCAGAGCCAAACUAGCUUCUGCUAACUGAAGCAUCUUAUGUACAAUUACAAUGCUACCCUUCACCUCAUGGGCAAAAAGGCUUUCAUGGAUUUGAAGAUUAUGCAUGCAUGGAUGCCUUCUUCAUAGCCAUCCAUCAUCUAUGUGUGAUAUUAUUGAUUGUAUUUCUUUUAUAUUUUUUUGUUUUUUGUUUUUGCAACAAUGAUGUGCAAAAAUAUGUUCCAACCAAAGACGUUACUAGUAUCUACCUCCCACACCCACGAUAUCGAUAUAUAUUGUUUUUUGUACUA